AUGUGGAUUCUGGAGAACUCUGAGGCCUUUGACGGCCGAAAGCUGUGGUUGCGACCAGGGAAAACAUAUUUGUUUGGCCGAACAGCAGCAGAACCUGGCCAAUUGGCUAUAUCGCACAACACCAUCUCGCGCAAACACUUGACCAUCACAGUCAGCCCCGUCGAACCAGGCCAGUCGCACAACCCCUCGAGCCGCUCUACCCUCACGAUAGAAGACCUCGCGACAAAAAUAGGCACCGUCGUCAAUGGAGAAAAAUUAAAUGGCACACAAAAGGUGAUCGAGGGAGAUAAGGCCGAGUUUACUAUGGGAAAAUGCCCAAACAAGUUUUGCAUCUCGUGGGAACCAAUCGUCUUUGCGUUUUCAUUUACUAGCAAGGAACUUCAAACAGACCCGUUGGCGACGCUUCGAGAGAGAUUUGAGCAGCUUGAUAUCAAGAUCGUGCACGAAUAUAUCAACACAACCACACAUGUUGUUUCGAAGAAGCGAAAUACUGCUAAAGGACUGCAAGCCCUGAUAAAUGGGAGGCAUAUAGUUACAGAGACUUUCCUCGAUGCUGUGGUUGAAGCUGGGACCUUACCAGAAGGUGCAGAGGCCACAGAGCUAAGUCCGCUGGAACAAGACCUCGUCCAAAACUGGCCCGAUGCCUUGCAGCACUUGCCACCCAGAGGUGGUGAGCCUGUACAGCAUCCAGAUUCGACAUAUGCUCCAGACCCAGAGCGAAGAGACAUUUUUGAGGGGUACACUUUUAUCUUCUACGACCAGGUCCAGUAUGAUAACUUACUAGCACCUGUUACAAAUGGUGGCGGCAAAGCAUUGAUACGCAAAGUUAUACCAAUGGAAACUGAAGUGGACGAGUUUGUGCAGACUGUGUCCUUGAGAUUGGACCAUCGUCCUAUUGAGCAGAGCGAAUUCUUGGAGGCAAUACUCAUAAAGGAUGCGAGUAUCCUUCGACGACCCCUUGAAGUCGAGUCUACCCAUAAUACCCAGGAGCCGAAUCACAUUCAACAAGAAGCAGAAGCAUCAGGCGGCUCACAGAAUCUGAACACGCAAGCUCAGUCCCCACCACCGCCUGAAGAGACACAAACCGCACCUCGUCGAGGACGAACAAGGAAGCCCAUCAAAAAACGGUUUACGGGUUUCGACGAUGAGAGUGAUAUUGAUAUGGACACUAUCCCUCCGGCCCCGGCCCCGGCUCCAGUACCUGUGGCUCAGCCUGCGACCCAGCCUACUACACAAAGACAACCAGAGGAAGAAGGAUUGUUUGUGUCUCAAGAGUUGGAUGUCUCUCCUGAGCCUCAGCCAUCCAGCAACACUCGCUCGUCGCAACGGAAGAGAAAAGCCUCGCCAUUGCCUGAAGAUGAUCUCAUGGAUGGCAUGACAACUGCGGCCGAGAAAUUCAAGCGUCAGCGGAUAGAAAGAGGUGAAGACAUGGGCGAACCAGCUGAGCAGAUGGAAACUGAAAAGCCCAAGGCAGUCCCAACACCAAAAAAGAAGAUCAAGAAGGAAAUCGACAUUCUGGCAAUCGCUGCUCAAAACAGAGAAAAAGAAGAAGCCCGUGCUCGAGCAGAAAAAGAGGAUAUGGCAAAUCUACCCGACGACGUUGACCUUUCAGAGAUUCGCAGGCUCAACAUAGUGGAAGAGAUGGAAGUGCGACAGCCCAUCAAUGGCCGAACAAGGGAACAAGAUAUUCGCGAUGGAAGAUGGAAUCCUAAAUGGAAUGGGAUGAAGAACUUCAAGAAAUUCAGACCGAGAGGCGAGGCGGCAGGACGACAACCAGCGAGGACCAUUGUACCCCUGACACAAGUCAAGACAAAGGAGUUUGGUGUCGGCGACGACUACUGGCUUGAGGAUGAGGGAACAGACCAUAGGAAGAGCAACACAACUCAACCUACAAGCAGAGAGACACAGCCUUCAGCCCCAUCGCCAUCGCCAUCGCCAACUCCUGUUUCUGCCCCGACACGCGGUCAGAAGCGAACAGUCCCCAUUAUAUCUGACAGCAGUGACGAAGAGGACAGUGGAAUUACGCAAAGAUCGUCAGCGCCAGCAACACGAACACGCGGAGCGCAAGCUGCAGCGUCGCAGUCGCAGGCCAACACAAAGAGCCAAGCAUCCCGGGUUACUAGUAGUAGUCAGGGAAGCAAACGGUCGGCAGCAGAGCCUGCUGCUGGACAACAACCUUCAAAACGGGCGCGACCAACGAGAAUGGCUGUUGAAAUCGCCGAUAGUGACGACAGUGAUGAUGAGCUCAAGUUUCGGUUUGGUAAGAGACGGUAG